AUGGCUCAGCCGGGACGGGACGACAACACCAGUGGCGUGACGCUCGCGGACACAAAUCCAGCUGCCGCACCCGGCGCAACGGCCGCCGGAGCCGACGAGGCCAAGACGAAAUAUCCCAAAGGAAUCGUUCUUGGCCCUGACGGAAAGCCACCGACCAGCUGCCGAACAUGCACAUCUUCGACCUUCUGGGCGUCGAUGGGCAAGACACCCAAGACGAAGGGAUCUGCAGCGACGGCGACGGCGCCAUCAGCGACGAAUGGGCUUCCGGCCGACUGCCCCCCGGAUGUAGAGCGCCUGGGGAACAGCUCGUGGACGCUCCUGCACAGCAUCGCCGCCACAUAUCCCGAGAACCCAAGUCCGGCGCAGAAGGACGACCUGCGCGGCUUCAUGCGGACGUUCAGCAGGCUGUACCCGUGCUGGGUGUGCGCCGAGGACUUCCAGAGCUACAUCAAGAAGGACGAGGUGCGCGUCGAGGGUAGGCAGGAGUUUGGCAAUUGGCUUUGCAUGGCACACAAUGAGGUGAACCGCAAGCUUGGCAAGAAGGAGUUCGACUGUUCGCGUUGGGAGGAGAGAUGGAGGACUGGGUGGAAAGACGGGCGAUGCGACUGA